AUGGCUGCUCUCGCCAGCGCAAUUCCAACACCGCCUAUGAGAGACCAGAUCCUCAUCGACAAACAGGAGCUCACUGUCGGCAACGUCACAUUCAUGUCUAUACUCACUCCUGGUCAUUCCCCUGGCAACCUGUCCCUCGUCUUCCCCGUCUUUGAACAGGGCGUUCCUCAUAUCGCUGGCUUGAAUGGCGGCACUGGCAUCCCCGCACCCAAGGUUGAUAGAGAGAAGAAGAUUGUGUCCCAGAAUCAUCUUGGCAAUGUGGUCAAGAUGAAGGGCGUUGACACGCUAAUAUCGAGCCACCAAAUUGCCAACCACGCCUUGUUCCAAGCCGACCUUCUAAGUCAUCGCCAGCCUGAUGCAGCCAAUCCCUUCGUGGUUGGCAUCGAUGAUGUUCAGAAUUACAUGAGAUUCAACGCGCUUUACACCAAUGUGAAAGCUGCGCGACAGGGCAUGGAUUUAGAUGUCUGA